GUCGUCGCCGUCGCCGAGAGAGACGUCGGCCCGUCGUGCCUCCUCGUGUUUUCAGUUCCGACCGAACGACGGCGACUAACGAAACUGCGGAAAAUCCUUCCGUGAGGGAAGCUUUUACUCUUGUUUCGUUCUCCUUCCGGCGUUUUGCUCGGCACGCGGCCUCGAGAUGCCUCUUCGCCGGUAGACGCACCGACUCAAAAGGUGGGAGCACGCGGGAAAGCAACAGUGUUUAGCGAUACAAGCCCGUGGAUACGGUGCCGGUUGUCGAAGGGAAGUUACUCUCGUUUGGAACGUUCCUUUAGUUAGAAUACAUCGGAGUACGCUGAGAGCACAGUGACGCAGGAGCUUCGAUUUUGGACCUGCAAGGCGUGGUGGCCAGGAGAAGAAUGUAGUUGUUCGAACACAGACAUUCGUUUUGUACAUUCGUUGGAUUUUAUAUGUUCUGUGUAAAUUAUCGAAAAUAUGCGAGUUGCCUUGUACGAACAAAAGGAGUACAUUAGAGAGAAUCGAUGAAACAAAUAGUGGUUUCGGUGGGUAGUGUCAGUGGCCGUCGCCAACAGGUUACAAGAGCCGAUGAGUAUUUCGAGAAAUAUCGGGAGAAAUCGUAAGAGGCACUCGUACGAUCCGCCUGUUUAUUGUUGCGGAGAAUGAAGAAGAAGUAUAAAAAUAACUGUCCCUGAGUUCGAGCUGAAAUGCACAACCGCCUGACCCCCACGAACCAAGUUAUUCGAUUUAGGGGAGUGUACUACGUUGCAACGUGUAAUCGCGAGCAACGAUCGUAGUGAAUCAAAGUCGAGACCCGCGCUUUGGCAUUUUCGUAUUAAACGCAACUACAAAUCCACCACGUGCCUUUCUCGUUGUCAUUUCGACGGUUCGUUUCCCCUUCUCUUUACGAUUAAUCCUCGCUCCUUUCGCUUCUUUCCUAGACAUACAUAUACACGUACAGCCAUGAUAUCCGCGAUUCUUUCGUUUCACCCGCUUCGCGUUUCCGCAACCAUCGUGGAACAGGUGUCAGCGUUCGUGGAAUUCGAGCAUUCGUCAAUGGCGUUCUACCACUGAACUCGUGGGAUCGACGUCUAUCGUCGUGGAGACGCACAGCACACCCAGAGAACAUUUCCCGAGAUACCCACUCAACAACACUUUGUGGAAAUGUCCGCACAAUGCGCUUCUUCGAGACGUCUACUGUUCAUUCCUCCGGAUGUAGAGAAGUUUGACUUCGAGCCGACGAGGUCGAAGCUUCUCCGAAUUUUCAACGGAGAAUCUGCCGCCGAGAAGGUGCGAUCGUACGGGUCAACGUUGCUCAGACAGUUUUCCGAUUUCUUCAGAGACAACCGAGUGUCGAGGUACUCGCGACACGUUGUCCUUUGGCUGUCUUAGAAAGCAAUUCUAAAUUAGCUAAACGAAACAACAAAGGAGAAACGAAGAAAAGUUUAGAAAAGAAAAUUAAUUAGGGAAAAUUAGCGCGAUUCGAGGAACCAAGGGAAAACGUGGAUCAUCGGUGAAGAAAAAGAGGGAAUUUUCGUGCACAAACGCAGAACGAAAUCGUCUUAGAUCAUUAACACGACGUUUUCCAGAUUUCUGGUGCCCUGUUCUGGAAUUCGUGGGAACACCAUUCGUGUGGCGCGUGCUAUAUCAACUAUAAAUAGAUGUUCUCUCGCGUGGAUUGUACGUCUUGAGCCAGGGCAGACAUCAGAGGUAUAUACAGCGGAACCUCGUGUCACGCACGUCGAGACGACAUUUAGGCUCGACCUUCUCUUGUGUCCUUGGAUCAACUGAGAGGAUGAACCAUAUGUCACUUGCUACAGCCUGUUUCGAUCUUUAGAUACAUCUAGGUAGACGAGUAUUGGGUCCAAAAAGGAAGUCAAACGAAGACAUCCAGCCUUCUCGUAAGGCGAACGUAUCGACUCUGUCCACGCAGCUUCGUAUGCGAAUUUUGUACAACAACAACACCAAGAAACAACGAUACUCUCGCGGAAGACGCAAAAGUAAUUUAACGUAAUAGAGGGGUGUUCCUCGAAGUAAAAGGCAAAGGCACACGCGUUACUGUUAAGUGCAACUGACAUUAUACUUUGUGGCCACUUUUCUUCGUUCACUAUCUCCUCUCAUUUUUUGUAUCUACGUAAAGGAGUCUAGAAACAAAAAAAAAAAAAAGAAAAAAAAGAAAAGAACAUCAAUUCGUCGUCCGACUAGCAACGAAUCUUCUCCUUCGUUUUCUUCUCAUUCUUUUCUUUAAUCGUUCUUUAGGGGAAACAAAACAGGGUUUACACACUGGGAACGAAUUGUGACGAACAUCGCCGACAUUAGCUGGUGCUUCUCUUUGUCAUCGACGAUCAUUAUGCUCAACUCGUGCUGUGCUUUUUUCUACCGUGCUUGUACGCAUGCUGCGAGUGUUUUUUCAGUGCUGUAGUGUUACACGUUAAUUAUUAAAAGCAGGCUUAACGAGCCUUCGAUCGAACGCCAAACGUCUCGUCGGCCCAGGUACCUGGGAAUAUUCCUGCGAUGCCUGUUAGACGAGGUCACGUGGCGCCCAGGACAACGAUCAUCGAAACUAUCAUCAGGAAGUUCGAUACUCACGAUCGAAGUUUUUUAGUGGCCAACGCUCAACAGGGACUAUGUCACAUAAUAUAUUGCUCGGACGGUUUCUGCCGGCUGACGGGGUUUUCGAGGGCGGAAGUGAUGCAGAGGCCAGCGAUCUGCGACUUCCUUCAUGGGCCAAUGACGUCGCCCCAUGCGGUCGCAGCCCUCCGCGACGCCCUCGCCGCCGGCGUCGAAAAACAUUUCGAGAUCCUUUACUACAGGAAAGACGGCACCAAAUUUCUAUGCAGCGAGGUGAUAGCGCUAAUAAGGAGCGAGGUGGACGACAUCUGCUUGCAAAUUAUAAAUUUCGAGGAUUUGAGCUCGCAGCCACCUCCGCAGCCUGCAAUUCCGCCCCCAAGCCAGACCAACAACAGGCUCGUCACACGCUUCGACAGGGCAAGGGCGUCCUUUCGUGCUGGCCUCUCCAGGACCGGUGUCGUUGGUCCACCAAGGGUCAGGAAUCGACCGAGAACCACGACCAACUUACCUCAUCGACUUGCUGACGGGACCAUCCUCGACGAGGACGCCUCUGAGAACUGCCCACUAACAUGUGGUUCACCUACAAUGAUGGAAUCUUGGGGUCCCGGGAGGACUGGCACACCCCCGCCUGCUCUUCCACCCCCGCCAACUGGGAGCAACAAUGGUGGUGCAACGUCUGCAGCAACCGCAAACGUUGCACAGCCCAGCACAACCGCGCCGAUUGCCAGUCCCGAGGGGGUCAGCGAUGUGUCCCAAAAAUCCGGAAUUUGGGAGGGGGCGAACUUUUCGUCGGCUGGAGGCGCCGAAGGACCUUCUCGAAGCGUGUCGCACGCAGCCAGUUUGGACGCGAUCUCGAGGAGGGCGGUGAAACCGGAAACGACGAGGGCGCCGUGUCGCAGCCUCACCUGCAGCGUUUUAGCGGGCCGAGGGAGCGAACACGUCACCCUCGAACGACGGCCAGCGACAGUCGAUAAUCUCACGGAAGCAACUAAACAUUCGAAAAUCUUUCCUGGUGUUGCGUCCGAAAGUGACUUGCAAAAAUGGCGGACCAAAGACCGGAAGUCGCCAUCCCUCAGCCAAAUAGGACCCGAUUCCAUCAAACACAAAUUUUCCUUGCAGGACAAUGGAUCUGCGAAAUACUUCCAAGGAGCCAUGCACACGUCGAACAUGGGGGAAAAGGUAGCCCAGGUGCUGUCCCUUGGAAACGAUAUCCUCCCAGAGUACAAAUUACAGUCACCUAGGAUCGGCAAGUGGACCAUAUUACACUAUUCACCCUUCAAAGCGGUUUGGGAUUGGGUGAUAUUGCUGCUCGUGUUGUAUACCGCUAUAUUUACACCGUACGUCGCCGCCUUCGUCCUGUCGGAUCCGGAUUACAACAGCAGGAAGAACAAAAAGUACAGUGACGAUCCCAUCGUCAUCAUAGACUUCAUAGUCGACGUCACUUUCAUAGUGGACAUCAUCAUAAAUUUUCGCACGACUUUCGUGAAUAGCAACGAUGAAGUGGUGUCCCAUCCUGCAAAGAUAGCCGUCCAUUACCUGAAGGGUUGGUUCAUCAUCGACCUAGUGGCCGCCAUACCCUUCGACCUUUUUCUCGUUGGCUCUCACACUGACGAGCUCGGCUUGGACAAGGACGAGACGACCACCUUGAUAGGACUAUUGAAGACUGCUCGUCUUCUGCGACUCGUCAGAGUAGCCAGGAAAAUCGACAGGUAUAGCGAAUAUGGAGCUGCGGUUUUACUUCUUUUGAUGGGCACCUUCGCUCUUAGUGCUCAUUGGAUGGCGUGUAUAUGGUACGCCAUAGGAAACGCGGAGAGACCAACGCUGAAGAGCAAAGUCGGUUGGCUCGAUAUUCUGGCCAACGACACACAUCAGUUUUAUUUUCACAACAACACCGGAGGGCCGAGUAUAAGGAGCCGCUAUAUCACAGCACUAUAUUUCACCUUUAGUAGUUUGACAUCAGUGGGCUUUGGAAACGUGGCUCCAAACACGGAUGCCGAGAAGAUAUUUACUAUAAUCGUUAUGCUAAUCGGAUCUUUGAUGUAUGCCAGUAUCUUCGGUAACGUCUCAGCGAUCAUUCAGAGGCUUUACAGCGGUACAGCAAGAUACCAUACGCAAAUGCUUCGAGUUCGAGAGUUCAUCAAGUUCCAUCAGAUCCCUAAUCCGCUUCGUCAACGGUUGGAAGAGUACUUUCAACAUGCUUGGACGUACACGAAUGGAAUCGACAUGAACAGCGUUCUAAAAGGAUUCCCCGAGUGCCUUCAGGCGGACAUCUGUCUUCAUUUGAAUAGAAAUCUUUUAAACAACUGUAGAGCCUUCGAGGGUGCCAGUCCUGGUUGUUUAAGGGCGUUAUCAUUAAAAUUCAAAACAACACACGCACCACCCGGUGAUACGUUAGUUCAUCGAGGAGACGUGUUAACGUCCCUGUACUUCAUAUCGCGCGGCAGCAUAGAGAUAUUGAAGGGCGACGUUGUGAUGGCAAUCCUGGCCAAGGACGACAUAUUCGGGGAGAAUCCUUGCAUAUAUCCGACCGUCGGCAAAGCGUCUUGCAACGUGCGUGCGUUGACGUACUGUGAUCUGCACAAGAUACACAGGGACGAUUUACUCGACGUUUUGGCUCUUUAUCCAGAGUUCUCCAAUCACUUUAGCCAGAAUCUCGAGAUCACUUUUAAUCUGAGAGAUGAGGAACAGGCUGGUGUCGAUCCAAUAUCAGCAAGGUUUCCCGUCAGUACUCCAACGGACGUCGAUGUCGACGCUAGGAGAUUCGCUUUCCGUCCACCAAGAUACCGUCGAGGACCCGGUGGUCCUGGCACCAAUCUUAUCCCUACUGGUCGACAAGACUCUUUACAGGGUGAUCAGGAAGACUACGACAAAGGGAGUGGUCAUGGAAUUCUGGAGUUCAGUACCGACAAAGCCGGCCAAGACGUGACACCAUUGAACCUAGAGUUCGACGAGCCAAAGCAAAGAAGCUCCACAUUGAACUCCAUAACCGGCAUGCUAACCCAUCUCAAGCGCAGCAUACCGGACCUACGUCAGCACAAGAUCCAUCUUCAACCACUGACGAGUCACGAUUACCUUGCCAAGCAGAUGACCACGCCGUUGACGAAACCAACACGGAGAAGCUCAGCCGCCGGUGAAAGCUGCCUCAGCCAAAACGCUGUGCAUCCAACCUCGACGACAUCCAGUCAUUAUACCACGCCAUCGCCACCGCAACAUCCACAAUCUCAUGGUGACUUUCAAAGUGGACCAGGCCGGCCAGUAGAAGAGAUAAACGCGAGAAUAGACCAACUAUCGCGACAAGUGACCUCACUGGAGCAUUCUAUGGGUGAGGACAUCAGAUUGAUUUUGAAUCUGCUACAACAGACGCUCAAUUCAUCGAGGGAAAGUUCCAGUAUCGAGAUGAUGCCUGGAACCACCUCGGCCGGGCUGUCGAAAAGUAGUAGAGCUCCGGCAUUGGUCCAACGAUCGGCCAGUGAACCGCAACCGCCGACAGGUCCGCCAUCGAACAAUGGAAAUGGAAAGCUUCAGCCUAGCACGUCUCACAGUUUGUUUAGCUUUCUUUCGAAAUCCCUGGAUCAGUUGCAUUUGAUUUCGACGUCUUUUAUUUUGGAAAGGUUGGACAAGUUCCGAAGUAGACCUCCAACGAAGGAGCCAGCGUCAACGUCCUCGGGUACGUCACGAUUGACAGUCACGUCGGAUAGUUCCGCCCUGGCGACGGCCCUGCAGACAGCGUUGAGAACAGCACCCACAAGGUCACAGAGCCAACCCGUCGAUCUAGCCGUGCCACCACCCACACAACAGGCACAUCUGCCACACGGGUGGCAUAGUCAACCUGCUGCAUUUAGGAGAGGAGAGUUCAGGAGUGGGUACAGUUCGUUCAACAAGCGUUCAGAACCGGAAGGGGACGAUCCGUGGAGCUGCGUAGUGUCCGUAUCGGAUCGAGGAAGCUCUCAACGUCCUCGAAGCAGCGAGUCUCGAAAAGAACCAACGAACCAUCGUGGUUCCACCGAUCUAGCAAGUAGUCAACGUUCAGAUGGCAGGCAACUUACUCGAGAGGAUGGCAUAGGUCAAGCGUCAGGACAACGACAAGAGUCCUCGAGGCAAACGAGCGAAGACAUCUCCUGGGAAUUCACGAUAAAUGAGGCGCCGAUCGCGAGAUUAGAAUCGUUGGACGAACUCGACCAGGAUCACGGUAGUUAAGGCCAAGGUUUCCCCUUCCUUUUUGAAGUAAUUGCAGCUCGCUUACGACUGAAACGCGACGCGUUGUUGAGCAAUCGACAACAUAAUGAUUCUAAUGAUUCAUUCGGAUGGCUGUGGACUCCUUCCGUUCCCUUUUGGAGGAUCUAGAAAAUGUGGCGCCAGGAUAGAAUACGCGUCCGCCGAUCGAUUUUCUCCUGGUGAUUCCUUUUGGCUUUGAUUUGUUAAUUGGAGUUGGUUUCAUGUACUUCUUUUAUGGAGUAACUAGAUCAUUUUUGAUAUUGUGUCGUUGAGGUUGGCAAUUUGUGAUUCGUCAAACUCGAUUUUUGACUAGUGUUAGUGAAUAAUAAUAACACUCUGUUAGGUUGAUGCAUAUGAAACUUUGUUUCGUUUAAGUUUGACUUUGACGGACUUGUGGAAAUAUAUUUUAUUUUAAUGUCAAUUAUCAAAUAUAUUAAGAAUGAAGAUAUUUGAUAUAGUUUAAGUGUAUUUAGUGUUAAGAAGAUUUGUAAUAAAAAGUCGUAACCUCGUUAUUGGUCAUCAUAAAUGAUCAGAAUGUUCGUGUUAUUCUUUCAUGUGAGUUUUCAUUUAGAAAUAAAUCUAUUUUCAGAUUUAUAACAAGAUUUUUAAUGAAACGUUAAUCGUUGAAAGAGUAUACUGAACAAAGCACAUGGAAAUUAUUUUCAACACAUUUUUUCUAUUAAAUUAUUUCAAUUAAAAAGUACUUCAUAUGCACAAGCCUAAGAGUUUCUUCGUUCGUUCGAUCACUUAUUUUUCUACUUAUAUUAAAUCUAUGUGUUUAAUAUUUUAAGUAGAAUCUUCACGUAAUGUAGCAUUUUCAGUUUCUUUCAAGCUUUUAUUAUACACUGCGUUACUAAUCGCGAGGCAUUAUUAUGAAUGAUUAGUGACUUCAGUAUUAUAAGCAAAGCACUAUAUCUAUUAUUACACUUGAUCAUUUAUAUGUAUAUGUACAUUCACUUCAAGGAAAAAAGAUAUUUUUGCUCGUUUCUUUUCUGAUUAAUAUCACCUAUUAAGAAAACGACACCUAUUCAGACGCAAUUUUUGUAAAAUUUUCGUUGAAAAGCGACUUAUUUAUAUUCUCUAAAUAUUUUCUCCAACUAGUUUGGCCGGGUUACCACAACAUUGUCGAUAAAUUUUCGAGCGUGGAAUGAUUAAGAGAAAAUCGAUUGGCAAGCGCACAGCAAUAUCGUCGUGGUACAAGAAGUUUUUAAGUUUGAAAGAGCGAAAUAACGAGAGGAAAGAGUGAGAAUGGAAAGCACGAGCGGCGUUUCAGAAAGCUAUACACGUACAUACACAAAGACACAAGUACACAUACACAGGUACAUAUUACAUAGACGCAAUUAUUCCGUGGUAUCGACACAUUUAAUCCUACCGUUGGAACGUGAACUUGCCUUCGAGGUUUCUACCCCGUAUUAACGCUACAUUUCCUUUGAGCAAUUUUUUAAUCGUGUUAAUCUAUAUUCACAUUCGCAUCUACACACAUACACAGAUACACAAAUUACUAUGUAUUCCCCUCUUGAAGCGAUGCUUUUUUGUUUUGCACGUGGAAAGUUCUCUUUCGUUACUCGAUAACAUCGUGAAGAAGAAUAAAAGAAACGAACAGCGAGGGGAAUUAAAGAAGAAUUAAAAGAAAUAAAAUGAAAGUACAAGAUAACAGGCAGAAGAUCGAUGUUCAUAAAAUAAGACGAAAAAUAAUGUUUAAAGAUAUAAAAAAAUAAUUAAAGGAGAAAUUACAAUGUGCAGCUCGUGGAGAGAGAGAGAGAGAGAAAGUUUCUUAAAUUUUCGGAGUCCUUCGCGUCACGAUAAAUACACGUAGCUAAGUUCAAAAUUAAGAUUAAUAUCGACUGAGAGCACCUUCUUUUUUUAUUGCUUAUAAGCGACGUUUAAAAAAUAAGAUUAUACGAAGAAAUUAGAAGAAAGCAGCGGGGGAGGAUAAAAAUUGCGUUAAAUAAAAAAAGGGAAACAUUGUGUUGCGAUCUUCGGGAAAUAUACGUGUUUAAGUUAAAUAAAAGCAAGGGCAUUGUCGGGGGUGAAUUACAAAAUGGCUGGACAACCCAUGACGAACAAUUAGAUAUUUCGAGAGUAAUAAAAGAAAUACAAAAGAUAAUUAAAUAAUUAAAAUACAAUUCUGAGUGCCACCUACGAAGUAAAACUGCAAUGUCCUUUAUACAGACAACCAAAAAUAAAUAAAUAAAUAAAUAAAUAAAUGAAACGAUUAAAGAGGGAAUAAAUACACACGAAGCAAGCGAAAAAGAAAACGGGGAAAUUAAUACGGAGAGAAUUUAGAUAAUGACUAAUAUUCUUACUAUUAUUAUUAUGAUUAUUAUUACGGUUAUUAUUAUUAUUGUUAUAUUAUUAUUAUAUUAUAAUUAUAUUAUUGAUAUUAUUGCCAUAAACGUAGGGAUGAAAACGCAAGCGCGACGGGGGAAGAGGCGAGGAAAAUAUAGUAAAAUAUACCGACGGGUAUAAAAAUGGUAAAGCGACUAAAAAGAAAAAAGAGAGAAAAGAAAAUGACAAAAAAAAGUCUAAUGAAUGAACAAUUGCCUGCGCAAUAACGGUAUAUAAAUUAUAUAUAUAUAUAUACCUACAUGUUAUACAUACACGUGCGUGUGUACGUAUAUACACUGAGCAAUUAUGCGUGCGUCUAUGUCUAUGCGUACACACGUUGUAAAGAAAUUUUUUACAAGAUAUCUCGAAUUAAUUAAUGCUCCUAAGCGUACGUUGGUUUCUCUUCCUCUCUUUUCGUUCUCGACCUCCCGAGUUUACUUUUUUCACCCCCUCCGGCGAUUUAUCACGCAGUGAUAAGGGUGAAAAGCGAUGAUCGAUGAUCCCCGAUCAUCCCCGUAUAAAUCGUUUUCCACGCUGAUCGAACUCUGAUCACGAUUUUCUUCGAUGUUAUGUUGUUAACGAAGGUGUUAUGGUUCGAUUAUCGAAUUGGUAUGACCGUUGACAAUAAUUGGAAACUGAUCUCGAAUUAUUUAAUCUGACGAAAAAAUGAGUAAUAAAUUAUAUUUUUCCAGUCAGAAUAAAGCAUCGAUCUAAAAAAAAAAAAAAAAAACCGGAACAUAAAUGAUCGAAAUUACAUAUCACUUCGAGUGAGUAUAUUAAAUAUUGAAUUUAAUUCAAAACAAUAUUUGAAUUAAUUAUCGAGGAACAAAAGGAAACACCAUUGAAAUUAAAUGAAAGUAACUAAAUUUGAAAAUCGAAAUUUUCAAAAGAAAGUACGCAUAUAUUAAAAUUGUAAGGAAUGAAUGUGAAAGAAAGAAUGGAUUGCGAGAGGUAAAUUCUGAAUGCGUUUGGGGGAAAGGGGAAGCUCGAUCGAGGAUCAUCGAUCACAGAUCUAUUCGUUCUUUGCUCAGUAUUUUAGGCUGUAAAUGAUACCGAUACAUUCGAUGUAACGAUUAAAUGACUCGUAGUUACUUUGUAACGAGAGGAGCAGCGACGCAGCGCUAAUGAGAAGCAGCUUUUUAAUUACAAAUAGCGAUUAUCUUUGAUUAUUAUUACUACCAGUAGUACACGCAGCACACGUGGAUUUUCGCACUUAGGUACACGGCGAAACGAUACGGAUUUAUUGUUCUUUAAAAAGAAAAUGCAAAAAAAAAAAGAGAGAGAGAAGCAACAGAUGUUCGACAAAUGGUCCAGAAAGAGGGCAACAGUGAUCACUUCAGGAGGAAAAAAGCAACAGUUCUCGUUCGUUUCUUUUCUAAUCAACAUGUUUAUACGAAUUAAUAUACACAGAUUUAUUAUAAAAAUCCUAUUUUUUGAAAAAGUAUGGAUAUAAUUGAAUGUUUUCAAUUCUAACAACGAUCAUUGAUUAUUUUUCAAGUAUCACCGAAUUUUUGCUAUUUUGUCACACUAGAUGGGAAUUUUUCUGUUUAACUUUAAACGAUUUCAGUCGAUCGAGUGAUGGACGAAGAACGACGCUUAACAAAAAUUUAUCCAAGUGUGUUGAACGAUGAAUGCACAACGAUAAGUAGAAUUUUAUUUCUAAGGAUAACCAGCCUGUCAAACGUCGAAAGUGUCUACAAGAAAAAAAUGCCUGUUCAUUUUCAAAUCGUUUAUCAAUGUAUCUGUCCAAGAAUGAAGAGAAAACAGUAAAAAUUCUCUUAUGUUUCUUA